GGAAAGUCCUACUGGGUCUCCAGACAAUUAUAAAAAUGUGUCCCCCAGGGUCAGUGUUGCAACAGCCUCACGUCCAGCAUCCAGCUGCUCCGCUCAGUGCUCGCCCAGCAUGAGUCCGUCGCGCUGCCUCCUCUUUUGGGCCAUCCUUGUCCUCCUAAUCCAACUCAGCUUGGCCAGGGCCACACCCGUCUCCAGACCUGCCCAGUGUCUUGACCGCUCCCAAAACCUGCUGAGGACCACCAACCACGUGCUGGAGAAGGUCAGACAAAUUCUGAAACAUUAUCCCUGCACUGCAGAAGACAUUGAUCAUGAAGACAUCACAGGAGACAAAACCAGCACACUGAAGGCCUGUUUACCACUGGAACUAGUCAAGAAUGAGAGUUGUCUGGCUUCUACAGAGACUGCUUCCCUAACAAGAGGGAGCUGCCUGCCCCCCAGAAAGACUUCUUUGAUGAUGACCUUGUGCCUUAGUAGCAUCUAUGAGGACUUGAAGAUGUACCGGACAGAGUUCAAGGCCAUCAAUGCAGAGCUUUUGGAUCAUAAUCAGAAGCAGGUAGUUCUGGACGAGCCCAUGCUGACAGCCAUGGAGGAGCUGAUGCAGGCUCUGAAUCUCAACGGCGAGACUCUGCCCCAGGGGCCUUCCCUGGCAGAAGCGGAUCCCUACAAAGUGAAAAUGAAGCUCUGCAUUCUACUGCAGGCUUUCAGCAUCCGUGCUGUGACAAUCCACAGAGUGAUGAGCUACCUGAACUCCUCCUCCUGAAAAGCUCAAGCCCCUCCCUCCCGCUCAGUGCCCUUUUUUCAAAAAAUAUGAACCAAUGGCAUUUUAACAAGAGGUGGGCUAAGAAGCAGGAAGUCUUGGCCCCAUUCUCCUAGCCUACCCUAGCCCCCUACCUCGUCACAGUCCCCUCGGUCACGUCUCCUGUAUUUACUGCACAUGUUGCUGUUUGCAAGUUUUCAUGGAAAUCUUAAGGAGAGAAAAUGUCCUCCCUGAAUGAGUCAGCAGCAGAGCAAGAACUGAUAAGCUAUUAUUUUUGUACCAAAGUGUUUGUGAAAACACUCAUCACCACUUAUUUAAAAAUAUUUAUUGUUAUAUUUUAUAUUCAUGAAAGUAUAUGAGCUUAUUUAUAUUUAUUUAUGUUCUAUUUAUUAUAAUAUUUCCUGUCAAAUGAGUCUGAAACAUUCAAUUAUUAUGUGAUUCUAAUAAAGUGAUGCGAGCAUUUCA